AUGAAUCAAUGUGUCUCUCAACCCCUCCCCCUCUCCCCCUCCGGCCCCGCGCAACAGGACUCCAUUGUGGGCGUGUCCGCCUCCAGCAUGACUGCUCAGCAUAGAUUCCCAGUCAUUUCUGGUGGCAAAGAACGAGUAGAUAGGACCGUCCAAGCGUUGACGCCUGCCUUCCGUGGCGACCCAGUGUACACAUGGUUGCUGCAUACAUCCAACUCGUCUGACCAUGAAUCUGUACGUUUCAAGCUACUCCGCGCUUUUCUCACCCAAUGCGCGCUCAACAACGGCCUGUUUAUCGAGGUGGACGAUUAUGGUUCCUGCGGUCUUCUCAUACCGCCAGGGGCAGCAGCUGAGAAUCCGUGGACACUGUUACAAGCAGGGAUAAUUCCCGCGCUCUGGAACAUCGGCCUGGGCACUUUCAAGCGUGCUUUCCUCGAGUACGCCCCCUCCACUGAGCGUAUGAUGGAAGAGGCGUUUACUGAGGAAGAGCGGAAGAACCAUUGCCAUGGAGAGGUCAAUCUGGGUAAGGGCAAGGUUGGCCGAGAUGGUUUGCCGAGGAAGGCUGGCGAGGGCAUCGUAGUUCGGUCGAUGUCAUGGCGCCCUUGA